AUGACGACACCCCUCCGCAGCACGCCGCACGCCCAGCUCCCCGCAUCGCAGACCGCGCCCGUCGCCCAGUUCCGCUGUCUCUACACGCCGGACAUCCGCAAGAAGCAGAAGAAAUGGCAGGAUGGCUACCUCACAUUCCACACCUUCAACAGCCGGGUCAUGGUCUAUGACCAGGCCCGCAACUUCCUCGGCGACACAUACUACAAGGACAGCAAUGAGCUGCACGAAGGCGACGAGCUCACACUCGACAAGGGCGUCAUGGUCGAGGUCGCCGAUGCCAUAGGCGUCACCCAGACCGACCUGGCGCCGCUCUUCGAGAAGAAGCCCAAGGAAGCUCCACCGCCUCCAAGUGCACCGCCACGACGCUUCCAGCCGCCCUCACAAGUCGCUCGCCCGCAAGUUGCGCCUUCCACGUCCACCGCACGCCCGAAUGCACAGCAGCUGCGCCACAAGCCACUGAACACACUGCUGGGAACGCCCAAGGGACCGAUUGGGAAAUCACUGCCCAUCAAGUCCCCAUAUGAGGCACGGCAAGAGAGGGAGAAGGAGAAGGAGAAGGAGAAUGACUUUGCGGUUGAUAGGGCGGCGAAGAGGCAGAAGACAACACACAACCCUCUGAGAUCUGCUACCUUGGGAUUGUCUAGCCGAGUGCGGGAAGAGAGCCCUGCACCAAAGAAUGCCCUGCCGUUAUGGGCGAAGACCUCGGAUGCGAGGACGGCUCGAAAGCCUGCGAACCCAAUACCGCCAGGAGCCCCCGUGAUCACCUUGGACGAACUCGACACCAUUACGCAUGUUUCUUCGGACGCUUCGCUGCCCAGUACACCGCCUGGCGUCAGCAAGACAGCAACUGGGCCUGCCGUUACACCAGCACCACCUGUCAGACCCGCGCCCAUCGAGAGGCCGGUGCAGCAAACGCCCAAGCUACGCAGGGGAAAGGUGCCAGUGCCCAGUGUAAAGGCAUUGGAGGCGCCUAGGGCUCCGCCUCCAGCAUCUUCGCCACCAGUCAGUGCCUCGAACAGACUGACGAACGUCGACUUUGCUGUACAGCCAACACCAGCCAAAGAGCCGGCCAGGAGACUACCCAAACAGCCUUCGCCUCCACAGCCUGCACCACCUUCGAAAUCUCCAACUAGAAAUCCUCAAGCAAAGUCCCUGCGGCUUUCAAAAGGCCCUAAGCGCAAAGCGAACACGGAUGGUGGCGAUGCAACGAAACGGGCCAGGCGACUACCUGAUAAUGCACUCGAAAUCUUCGAGAGUGACCAGGAAGUGAUUCAUGGCUUGAUGGAUCAGCGACUCUUGGUGUCUGAAACACCACACCCUGAGCCUAUGCUAGCACCUGACAGCCCUGAGCAAAUGUUGUCUAAAUCCAGAACAUCAAAAUCAGUCGCGCGCAACGCCCCCAAAACCACUCCACCGAAGACAAAGGAAGGGGGGGCCCUGCGAGCGACACUGCCUCCAGCUCAAAUCCCUAAAGCGUCAGAACCCAAAAGGAGGCCAGUAGAGAAGUCGCAGCCAGUCCAUAAACCCCCUCCGCCAGCUGUGCCAAUUGCCGAACCCGUGCAGAUAAUAGGCAGAGCAGCUUCGCCCGCUUUGAGUGCUGUUUCGGAGUCACGGUCACGAACUACAUCACUGUCACCGCGCAAGCUCGCUGCCUUAUCAACAGGUGGUUUCCGCAAGAAAUCUAAGCGCGCAACACCCCAGCCAACGACACCAGCGUCAGACAAGCCUCCAUCAGCACCCCGCAAUGAGACCGUUGCACUCCCACCUCACCCCUUGCGCGCCAACAAAAGGGGCCCCGUGAUGACCACCACAGAGCUCGCGGCCAUGUUGCAGAAGCCAAAGAAGAAGCCAAACGUCUCUGUCGAUCCGAUCGAAGACGAAGGUGCCACAACAGGGAUUUCUCCGAACCUUAAAGUCAGACGCGUGCGCAGCGACAACGAUGCACCGAUCCCCAGCACAAGCGAGGAUUGGGAAAAGAAGAACCUGCCAAAACCCACACCAACCAUCACUGACACAGAAUCUACCAUGGCAGUCGAAGCACCCGAGGUGCCAGCCGUGGCUGCCGUACCUGCUAGAAAGAAGUCCGGUUUAGCGGCACUCAUCAAGAAGACGGAUCCACGGAAGAAGUUUGUCAGGACGCAGAGCUUACAUGUUGAUACGAAUGUGACGGUUGAAAACGAUGCGGACUCGCCGUUGGUGAGUCCGGUGGUGGAUAAAGAUGUUGGGCCGUGGAGUACGGAAGCGUUUGAUUUGUUUGAUUGGAGACCGCCGAGGGGUACUGGUGCCUCCACACCCCUCACAUCUUAG